GUCAGACCAAUCAUAACGGAUUGGGAUUAUUUGCGCGUGAAAUGAUGCGCUCAUGCGCGCUGUCCCUCCCAGCAGCAUCAAAGCAGCAGCAGCGACCAGCGCACGAGCACAGCUCAGGCAUCUGCAGGGUUCUAAUGGUUUGGGACCUCUGUUAUUAAGGAGCUAACAACUAUGUGACUGCCUCACAUUCCAUCAUCUAUCUCAUUUGUGAUGCGCCCUUCCUCAUUCCCCCCCCCCCCCCCCCCCCCCCCCCAAAACUUCCAGGUGAAUCCAAUGGUCUCCUUGUCGUCAGAUUUCAUUAUCUGAGAGGGCACUGAUGACCCCAUUCGGUUAUUGUGCUCUGUCCCUGCUGGCUUCCCACCUCUGUAACCACGUCCCCACUGCUGCUUGUGCGUCUGGAUCCACCUUAUGCCGCAAUGGUGAUUACCUUUGAAUGGUAUGGCUGUCUUCUUCUGCUGACAGGGAUGGCUGGAUCUGUCAGCCAGCGUAUGGAUCCACUUAUGCCCCCUGCUCCUGAAUAUGCCCACUCUAUACGACUGGACGGUGAUAUCAUCCUGGGAGGUCUCUUCCCGGUGCAUUCUAGGGGUGAACGUGGUGCCCCCUGCGGGGAACUGAAGAAGGAGAAGGGUAUACAUAGGUUAGAGGCCAUGCUCUUUGCCAUUGACCUCAUCAACAAAGACCCCGACCUGCUGCCCAACGUGACCCUGGGGGCGCGUAUAUUGGACACCUGCUCGCGGGACACCUACGCCUUGGAACAGUCACUUACCUUUGUGCAGGCACUCAUAGAGCGUGAUUCUACUGAUGUGCGAUGCGCUAGUGGCGAGCAGCCCAUCUUUGCCAAGCCGGACAAGAUUGUUGGCGUGAUAGGCGCAGCUGCAAGCUCCGUCUCCAUCAUGGUGGCCAACAUCCUACGCCUGUUUAAGAUCCCUCAAAUCAGUUAUGCCUCCACAGCGCCAGAGCUGAGCGAUAACACCCGGUACGACUUCUUCUCCCGGGUUGUGCCGCCCGAUUCCUACCAGGCCCAGGCCAUGCUGGACAUCGUGACCGCCAUGGGCUGGAACUAUGUCUCCACGCUGGCAUCUGAGGGGAACUAUGGGGAGAGCGGUGUGGAGGCUUUCGUUCAGAUCUCACGAGAAACCGGCGGUGUGUGUAUUGCUCAAUCUCUGAAAAUUCCCAGAGAGCCCAGGCCGGGAGAAUUUGACAAGAUCAUCCUACGGCUACUGGAGACACCCAACGCUCGUGCCGUCAUCAUGUUUGCGAAUGAAGAUGACAUCAGACGUGUCUUGGACGCUGCAAAGCGCAACAACCAAACAGGUCACUUCCUGUGGGUGGGAUCGGACAGCUGGGGCUCUAAGAUAUCUCCUGUCGUUCAGCAGGAAAGUGUGGCAGAAGGUGCUAUUACCAUCCUUCCAAAAAGAGCAUCCAUAGAAGCUUUUGAUAGAUACUUCAAAAGCCGCUCCUUGUCCAACAACCGACGCAACGUUUGGUUUGCAGAGUUCUGGGAGGAGAAUUUUGGAUGCAAGUUAGGGAUGCACGGCAAGCGUCCCGGCAGCCCCAAGAAAUGCACUGGCUUGGAGAAGGUCGGCAGGGACUCCACUUACGAGCAAGAAGGAAAGGUGCAGUUUGUGAUGGACGCAGUGUAUGCCAUGGCCUACGCGCUGCACCGCAUGCAUCGGGACCUCUGCUCGGGAUAUCCAGGCCUUUGUCCACGCAUGAGCAACAUAGAUGGCAAGGAGCUGCUGGGAUACAUCAGAAACGUCAGCUUUAAUGGAAGUGCCAAGACCCUCGUUGUGUUUAAUGAAAAUGGAGAUGCCCCUGGACGCUACGACAUAUAUCAGUAUCAGAUGACAAACAGGUCGGCUGAGUACAGAAUCAUCGGCCACUGGACGGAUCAGCUGCAUUUAAAUAUGAAUGCCAUGCAGUGGGCGAGUGGGGACUCAUUUGUGCCGGCGUCUGUAUGCAGCCUGCCCUGUCAGACUGGCGAGAGGAAGAAAGUUGUGAAGGGGGUGCUGUGCUGCUGGCACUGCGAGCGAUGCGAGGGCUACCAUUACCAGGCCAGCGAGUUCACGUGCCAGCUUUGCCCGUAUGAGCAACGACCAGAUCAAAACCGCACAGGCUGCCAGCCAAUCCCCAUCAUUAAGCUGGAGUGGCACUCACCGUGGGCUGUAGCACCCAUCUCCAUCGCCAUCCUUGGAAUUAUUGCCACAACCUUUGUGGUGGUGACUUUUGUGCGUCACAACGACACACCAAUCGUACGGGCCUCUGGCAGGGAAAUGAGUUACGUGCUGCUAACUGGAAUUUUCCUAUGCUACUUCACCACGUUUCCCAUGAUAGCGGCACCUGGAUUGGCUGUCUGCUCCUUCCGCAGGAUCUUUCUGGGUUUGGGCAUGUGUUUCAGCUACGCCGCCUUGCUCACCAAGACCAACCGCAUCCAUCGGAUCUUUGAGCAGGGCAAGAGGUCGGUCGCAGCGCCUCGGUUCAUCAGCCCCGCCUCCCAGCUAGUCAUUACCUUCAGCCUCAUCUCAUUUCAGUUAAUGGGUGUGUUUGUGUGGUUCGUGGCUGACCCCCCACACACCUUUGUGGAUUACGGCGAGCAGCGCACGCAGGACCCUGAAAACGCACGUGGGGUGCUCAAGUGUGACAUCUCGGACCUGUCACUUAUCUGCUCACUGGGCUAUAGCAUCCUUUUGAUGGUCACGUGCACUGUUUACGCAAUCAAGACCAGAGGAGUGCCGGAGACCUUCAAUGAGGCCAAGCCCAUUGGAUUUACCAUGUACACCACCUGCAUCAUCUGGCUGGCCUUCAUUCCCAUCUUCUUCGGGACCGCACAAUCUGCAGAGCGGAUGUAUAUUCAGACGGCCACACUGACCGUCUCUCUGAGCCUGAGUGCGUCAGUAUCUCUGGGGAUGCUCUACAUGCCCAAAGUCUACAUCAUUAUUUUGCAUCCCGAACAGAACGUGCCCAAACACAAGCGCAGCUUUAAGGCCAUCGUCACCGCUGCCACCAUGACAAACAAGCUCAGUCAGUUGGCCAGUGAACGGCCCAAUGGAGAGGUGAAAACCGAACUCUGUGAGAGUGCGGACAAUAGCACACCAUCCACAAAAACAACCUACGUCAGCUACACCAAUCAUGCCAUAUGAGUGCACAUCCAGAAAAUGGUUUGGCAUGGAUCUGGCUGGCUCCGACAAAACAGAAUCCAAUGACGGAAAUCCAAGCAUGAGACAUCAGUGUUGUUUGUGGACAAGAGGAUGGACUCUUGGACUUUUUUUUUUUUGAUAUUUUAUAAGAAAGCCUAGGCAGCCAUCCAAAAAAAGGAGACGAAAGCUGGCAUUUACGUGGGCAGUCAAUAAACAGGACCCUGGCAAAAGGGUAAGAGAAAAAAAAAAUACAGAGUUUAAAGAAACAGAACUAUUAUUGGAGUCGAACAUGUUACAUGUUGUUCUAAUUGUAAGUAUUUUGUGGAUGUAAAAAUCUUUCAUUCUUGUCCCACAGUGUCAGACCGGCAUUGGAAAAUGCGUUUGUCUCUUGUACUGGCUACUCUGGUCUGUAAUCUCGGGUUGUGAGUGUGCAAAUGCCAUGGUUGAAGCAUGCCAAUUCAUUUUUUUUUUUAUACAAAUAAUUUAUUUAUAAUAAAGGAAUGUUUUUGAAA